AUGCCACCAGAGCCAGAGGAAGGAUCUGAUGAAAGGACUGCAGAGAUAGGACAGAACAGAAGACCUGCUAUGGCCACUACUGAUGGUGUAGGCAGUCUAGGUGAGAACCACUUGAGUGUCCCAGUCAGUGAUCAUGGAGCCUGGGCCACGGCCAUGAACAAUCUGGGCAUCAUGCCCAUGGGCAUCAGCGGGCAGCACUUGGUUUCAGAAUCUCUGGUUCUUCAGAGGUUUGAUGCAGGGAUGGGCCUCAUUGCACCCAUAAACCCCAUGAUGGCAGGCAUCAGCCUUGUCCCUCCCCCAUCUGUACCCCCAGACAUGCCUGUCAUAAAGGAGAUUAUCCACUGCAAGAGCUGCACCCUCUUUCCUCAGAACCCAAACUUGCCCCCCCCAUCCACACGAGAGCGCCCCCCUGGCUGUAAGACGGUGUUUGUUGGAGGCUUGCCGGAGAACGCCACAGAAGAUAACGUCAGGGAAGUGUUUGACCAGUGUGGGGAGAUCAUUGCCAUCCGCAAGAGCAAGAAGAACUUCUGCCACAUCCGCUACAGUGAAGAGUUCAUGGUGGACAAGGCUAUUUAUCUGUCAGGGUAUCGAAUGCGGAUUGGAUCCAGCACUGAUAAAAAGGACUCGGGGAGGAUCCAUGUUGACUUUGCCCAGGCAAGAGAUGACUUCUAUGAAUGGGAGUGUAAACAACGCUUACUGGCCAGAGAAGAAAGACAUCGCCGCAAGGUCCAUGAAGAUCGCCUGAGGCCGCUGUCCCCUCCCCCUGUCAUACACUUUUCUGAACACGAGGUGGUGAUGUUAGCAGAGAGACUAAAAGAUGACCACAAGUUCAGUGAGGCCACAGCAGUGCUGUUCACCUGGAUCGACCGAGGUGAAGUCAACCGCCGGACCGCCAAUCACUUCUACUCCAUGAUCCAGUCAGCCAACAGCCACGUUCGCCGGCUGAUGAGUGAGAAAGCCCAGCAUGAGGAGGAGCUGGAGGGUGCCAAAGAGAUCUUCAAGAAUGCCUUGGUGGCCAUAUUAACACAGUUCGAGCAGAUCAACGCCGUUUUCACCGCUGCCACCAGGCAAAAGGCAUGGGACCAUUUCUCAAAAGCACAACGCAAGAACAUAGACAUUUGGCGCAAGCAGUGUGAGGAGUUGAGAAACGCCCAUAGUGAAGAAAUCAUGGGCAUCCGACGAGAGGAGGAGAUGGAGAUGUCAGAUGACGAUUUGGAUGAAAAUCCCUGCAAGAAGAUGCGCACUGAGGAAAAUGGAAUGUACGAUCAAACUCAGGUGUCUCUGAAAGAGGAGAAUGACUCCCUGCGUUGGCAGCUCGACGCCUACAGGAACGAGGUGGAGCUUCUGAGAAAAGAGCAGAGCAAAGGCAGCCGUCCUGAUGAUGAUCACACAAAAACACUGACAAACUCCUACACACACUCACACAGUCCAGAGGCUCAGAUCCAGCUGCUGCAGAAGAACAUGCACAACAUGCAGCAGCAACUCCUGAGCCUGCAGGAGCAGCUGACGAGUAAGGAGGCUGAGUUGGAGCUGGCAAGAGAGGAGCAUCGCAAACUGCAGGGCGAGGUGCUCACCCUUCGAGACAAGCUGCUGAACAAUAAUGGGGAGGCGGUGGAGAGGACCAAUGGAGAGCUACAUGAAAGGGGGGUCAAUGGGUGUAUACCUUCACUGUACCACAGUAGAGAGAGGAGGAGUGAGGUCAUCAUGAGAGGAGGGGUCGCAUCAGAAAAAGAGGCGCUGCUCCUAGGUAUUAUAUCGACCUUCCUUCAUGUCCAUCCAUUUGGUGCCAACCUUGAGUAUCUAUGGUCAUACAUACAGAGACUCGACACAAAGGUAUCAGCAGGAGAGCUGGAGCGCCUGAUGGUCCGUCUACCCAGUAUGUUUAAGCAGGAGCUGAGUGGUGUCGGUGCAACUCUGGAGAAACGGUGGAAAUUCUGUGGUUUCGACAGCCUCAGUUCUGCGUGA